CGGUGCUCCGGGGCGGUCGGCUUUGAGGUCCGUAACGGCGCGUGUGUAAAAUCAGUGCAGUCGCGGUUUCAAAAACAUAAGUGCUAGUUUAUUGUGCAAAUGUCGUGUUUCGGAGGCAGCGUGUUGAUUCCGGACUGAUCCGCGGCGGAGAGCGGUAGUGUGCGGUGCAGUGAUGUGAGUGCAAGUGCAGCGGACACAGACAAAGCGCCACCAUGCUGCCUACAAAUGUUAUGUCCUUCAUGAAAAAGAUGGUGGCGACGGAUGAGACCCCGAACGCCGUCACGGGACAAAUAGACACGCCGGGAACAUUCGGGAAGCUGCGCCAGACCCUCUCCUCGUCGCUACUCACCGCUCAAGACAAAGUCACAAAGCUUGGGCCAAGGCAGGGGGCGACAGAGAACGCCCCGGAGCCCGCGCCGGCGCCGCCACCCGCGCAACCGCCGCCCCCCACACAACCAGCAAAGACUGAACGAGAAGCAGGCAAAGCCCCGUCGAGGGCUGGAGCAUGCCGCGUGUGCCUGAAGGCCCUGAAGCCGGGCGAGGUGUUCCACACCUGCAACGGCUGCCAGCACCGCGUCUGCGAGGACUGCUCCUCCUACUCCAAGCCGGCCAGCGACGAGGAGGCGAGUUCAUGGCGAUGCUCCGUCUGCCGCCGCAAAGCGGGACCACGGCUGCCUCCGGCGGCGCAGGACAGCACGGACUCUCUGCUCGAGGUGCCGGUGCUGGACGCACUGCAGAGGCGGCACUCGGAGGCCCGGCUCGGCAGCGGGGGCUCCAGCGCCGGCCUCGCGCCGCCCCGCUCGCCCGAGCUCCGUAGGCACUCAGACGUGUCGCCCGCGUCACUAAAAGAACUAGAGCGGCAGUUAAAGGGCGGUGGCAGCACGACGCCAGAGGUCGGUUCACGGCGGCCCAGCACGGUGACGCCGGCGCGAAGGCGCUCCGUGCGCGCGCCGCGCCAGCGCUCCUGCGACGAGGACCAGCCUGCGCCCGGCCAGCAGGGCCUGGCUGCUGCUCCGCCACCCAUCUCUAGGAGAGCGUCUGCUGUAGACGUUGUAGCCGGAGCACAGUCGCGGCGCGGAUCAUACAGGACAGAUGACGCCGAGAAAAAGGACGGCUCGGCGCCACAAAUCACUGGCCUCAGCGUCGACGAAGAUCGGCCUAUCAGGCGUAGGGGCAGUCAAUUGCCAGAUAUAGCCGCAUUACAACAGCGCACGGGUGCUCUAAGUGCCAUGGCGGCUCUAGCAUCGCGCGGAUCCGACAGCUCCGAGCCUUCCGCCGCUGCAGCCGCUGCCGCCGCUGCUGCCGCCGCCGCCGCCCGGCAGAUGUCCGUCGACGCCGAAGCGAUCAAGAUCGUCAUCCAUGACGUAGAUGACCGCUCGCCCAGGCGCGUGUCGCUACGACGCGAUCCUAAUGAUAAGGGUCACAGAUCUAGAGGUUUUGGAAUGAGAGUGGUAGGCGGCAAACCAGACGCCAGCGGCCGCCGUGAGGCUGUUAUAGUGUGGACUGUGCCUGGGGGACCCGCCGAUAUUGCCGGAUUACAACAGGGAGACAAGGUUUUAGAAUGGGGCGGGGUCCCCCUAACAGAGCGCAGCUUCGAAGAGGUGUGCGCGGUGCUGGAGCGCGGCGGCGACAGCGUGGAGCUGCUCGUGGAGCCGGCGCCGGCGCACGACGACGCGCCCGCGCCGCCCGCGCCCACGCAGCACCACCACCACGCGCUCUACGAACCGGAUACCGACAAAUCGCCAUCGUCGCCGACCCGACGGAAAUUGCCGAAAACCCCGGAGCAGGAGCGCGCGGAGCGGGCGCGCGAGCGGCCGGCGGCGCGCGCGCAGCUUCAGGUGUGGUUCGAGGCCGAGCUGCGCAAGCUCGUGGUGGUGCUCAUCGCCGCCGACGACCUGCCGCCGCGCGACCACACGCUCGGCUACGGCGACGAGCCGGAGGCCUUCGCGAGGAUACGCCUGCUGCCCUCUCUUGAGAGCUGCCCCCCAGUGGAGACGGACCCGGCGUCGGCGUCGUGCAGCCCGGUGUGGAACGCCACGCUGGGCUUCGGCGGGCUGACGGCCGACCUGCUGGCGGGCCGCGCGCUCGAGCUCACGCUGUGGGACGCCUGCCCGGGCAUCGACCCCGUGCUCAUUGGCGAAUGCACUAUGGAGCUAGAAAAGGCAUUCGCAGAAGAACGCGCAGUCUGGUGGACGCUAGAGGAGCGCGGCACUCGCUCGGCCAGCGCGUCGCCGCGCGGCUCGCUCACGGGUGCGCGCGCGCUGCGCCGCGGCGACUUCGCCUCGCAGCGCUCCGUCUCUGAUGACGUAGAUUCAAUCGGGGAGUGUGCGUCGCUGCUGCACCCGGACCACGCGUGGGUGGGGGGCUCGCGCCGCGGCUCCUCGCAGUCCGAGACCCUGGAGGUCGAGGUGUACCAGCUCGGCAAGGACUUCUCGCGCUCGCUGCCCGGCUCCCGCCGCUCCUCCUUCCAGCAGCAGGAGAAGGGUAACUACCAGCGAACACACGCCCUAUGUUGUGACUGCGGCAAGGUUUGUAGCGUCACUGCGACUGGCGCGCGUAGAUGUAGUGUGCAUGUGGUGUACGCAGAGGGCGGCGGCGAGGCGGCGGGCGGCAGCGCGGCGGGCGGGCGCCGCAACGAGCGCCGCCGCUCGUCGUGCGUGCGCCGCGACCCCGACGACAUCCUGCGCUCGCUGCGCGCGGUCAAGGGCGAGCUCGGGCGGACGCUCUCGCUGUCCGGCUCCACCGCCAGGCUGUUCGUAGUGAAUGUGAGGGUGAGGUCCGUGCGGGUGGUAUCUGUGGUGACGUGCGCAGGGACGGCGACGGGGCGCAAGGGCAGCAUGUGGGCGGCCGUGCCGGCGGCGGGCCACGAGGCCAUGACGGCGGACGAGGAGGACCAGGUGCCGCUGGGGCCCGGCCAGCUGCCGCCGCGCAACGCCAGCCUGCCGCCGCUGCACGCCGAGAUCAACAUCAGCAUCCUCAUGAUCAAGGGGCAGCUCGAACUUGAGGUAUCACAUGCGCGACGCGUGUACGGGGUCAACGGCGAGGUGCCAGAUUCUUACGUGAAGUGCUAUCUGCGGGACGGCGACAAGUGGCUCCACAAGCGCAAGACGCGCGUGGUGCGUCGCACUACGGAGCCUCACUUUAAGCAAACACUGAAGUACCAGGCGAGUGAAGCACUCGGCCGCACGCUAGUCGUGAUGCUGUGGCAGCGCUGCGGCGGCUUCGAGCACAACCUGGCGCUGGGCGGCGCGGAGAUCUGCCUCGACAACCUCACGCUGCCGCAGCGCACGUACGGCUGGUACCCGCUGUUCCCGGCCACGUCCCUGGCAGCCGACGAA